AGCAGAUGCACCUCGAGGCUGUGACCGGUCUGCAGCUCAGCGCAGUCUUCUACUGAGCCACUCUCAGAUGGACACGGUAUGAUAUUUUUAUGCGAAACGGUCAAUGGUAAAUGAGAGUUCACAAGAUCGCUGCAUUUUAACCACUGGAAACUUUUUUUUUUUACUUUUCUCUGCCGCCCGCAGGACCUUAAAGGAAUUCAGAGCCUGUAAAACUUGCAGCUUCAAAAAGACUCGGCCGUGUCCCGCUGUGCUUUCAUAUUUGUCCAACUUCAGCUGCGUCCAGUGUGGAGUGCGGGGUUUUCAACUGAACGUUUUCAUCCGAGUUCCUCAAGUACAGUCCUCUAUGCAGCCAAAUUCUGACGUGAGCUUCUGUGUGGAAACAAGUUAAAUUUUAACUUCUCCACACGGAUAUCUGGUUUACAGUGCAUGGAAGACGGGAAAAUUCAUCCAGACAUUUCAGGGAAAAAAUGUAACCAGCAACUCGCGUUUCCAGUGAGUUCUACUGUGUGCCAGCGACAGCAGCAUGGGUAGCGGCAGUAGCAGAGGGAAGAAGGUUGCACCUGCGUCUGUCACCGAGGUAAACGUGUACAGAACAGAGAAAGACAGCCCGGAGUGUAAUCAGAAAGAGAACGAUCGCUUGUUCAAAUCAUUCAAAAUCCAGAAGCUGACUGACUUGAGUCGCUCCUGGGGCAGAACUCGACCGGACUGCCACAGCGAAGGGCACGAUUCCGAAUUUUCAGCCGAUGACGACGAGGAUAUCGAGGCAGAACUGGACCGAGUGAUGGCGGAAUACGAAAGUCGUCGAUAUCGUUCCAGUAAAGGCUCGCAGAAGAAUUCCUUCACCAGGUGUAAGACGUCAGGAUUCUUUAAUUCCAGGAGAGUGUACAGUGGCGGCGAUUUCAAAUCAACUCCUCAAUUCAGCAAUUCGGAACAGCCUGAAAGAACACACCACCCUGCUAAGGUCGGUCCUGGAAGCGACAAAGAAGACACUUCCCUCAAUCAGCCGUGGAAAAAUAUACAUUAUCUUCCCGACACACGUGGUAACGGCUUUCAAAACAAAGACCCGUUGCCUCUCCAGGACCUUGCGCGCACGGAGGAGACAGACCUUGUCCCUGGGAGCUGCAAUGAGCCCUCUCUCACUUUGCCUGUCAUCCUGUACAAUGGGUCAGAGGAGGACUUGAUGGACACAAUCGAGAGGGAAUUCAGCUGAUGGGGAUCAGAGGAAGGACAUUCUUCCAAUGCACCAUGCAUUUCUUCUUUUUUUUUCAAGGGGAGGGUGAAUAUCAGCCAUCGUUUCUUUACAUCAGGGCCAGAUUGUCAUAGAUGCUGAUCCCCUUUCAAAUGCAAAUCUUCAUAUGUGCCUGAAAAGAAAGGAACUAUCACCUUUUUCAGUAUUUUUUGUGUUGGAGUUUACAAGAGAAGGAACAAAUGAAAAUUAUAUAGUUUCCUUAAAAUUGUUAUUCACAUUUGACGCCCGACUGCAAACCCUGAGGACUGAUUUCAGUCUACCUUAUCCUAUAUAUAUGACACUGAGUGAAGGUUACAAGGUCAAAUGUACAAGGGCACGGUUGUAAGAGAGAAGACAAAAGUGAUGCCUUCAGAAUUCAGGUCAAACAGAAAAACCGCAGCGAGAGGACACUGUUUCAUUCUUUACCUGCAGGUGUGCAGCCUAGCUGAUCAGAGCCAUUAGACUCUGCUAUUCCCUCCAACAAUGUGCCCACUGAAAGUGCUGGUUGCUGCUAGUUACCGCGAUUCACCUGUGAGGACCCCCCUAGGUCCAAGGCUAUGUAUUUUCUGUUGUCAUGGUGACUACUCCUCUGAGAAUAUUUAACACACACCAGCUAUCUUACCCCAAGUUAAGCUGGUAAAUGUGUACUUACUUUCAAACAGAUUUGAUGUUAAUGUUAUGCCUGCUCACUGAGGUGAACAACCUUAUGCCACAAAGGUAUGUUGGUAUGGUGUGUUGUUUACUUGCUUUUUGGAGCCAAAAAGAUUUUGCUGGGACAAAAGCACAUAUUUUGCUCAUAAACAAAACAGCCAAAAUAUCUGUGAAUGCAGUACUGUUACUUGUUGAUAUUGAGUGUGUAUAAAACUACAGAUGUGCAAGGUCUUUCAAAGCUGACAAAGGGGUUUGAAACAGAUUCAGGACAAAAUAUUCAAUGCACUGUUACAACUCCCUCAGAUGUGAUUUUGCUGGUUUGGCAGAGAUGCAUAUUGAGGGGGGUGAGUGUUUGUGCGCCCAUGGAAUGUUUUUCUUAUUCUGUGCCUGGCUGGAAAAGGUAUGUUGGAAUGUAUAUUUGAGGUCCAUUUCCUGCCCACAGCUCUGCAGCUGCACACCCCCUUCCUGUUAGAAGUAUUCGCAUCAGCAGAAAGACUGAGCGGCCCCAUUUCUCAUUACCCAUAUGCAGCUGAGGGGAGACUUAAGUUUUGUUGGUCACAGUUUGCCUCUCUACUCCCACCCCGUGGUGAAGAUAUGAAAUUGCAUUUGAAUACAGUUUGGCGCUAAAUUAUUAUUAUUAAGUCAAUAUUAAUUUGUGUGUUAUUUAUUUGGCAGAAGCACAGAAUGAAUUACAAGGCCAUUAUGCUACCAUUCAGUACAUUUUACAGGAGUGACAUUUAAACAAGAAUGCAAUUACAUAAUUGUUGAAUUCAUAUCUAAACUAAGAACUUCAAAAUACAACUCUCAAUCCCUACAAACAUACUGUUUGUAGGUA